UUGCUCGGUCACCAUUUGGCGACCAAUAAUCUUUUGGUUUAGGGAGACUUUUUUAAAAAUCAAAUUGCCGGCUUGAAAAUUUUAGGCACCAUGGCAACUAAAAUAGUCGCAACUUGGAGGGUCGUUAUGUGCUUGUUGUGUAAAAGUGGUGGGGAAAGCUGAGUUUUAGAGAUGCUUGACCUAACAUUGUGUGGUCAGGCACAGAAAUCAACUAAGGCCCUGUCCUGACAUAUCCAUUUUUGUUUGAAAACAGAUAUUUUUUUCUCUGGUAUGCAUAUUCGGUGAAAAUGGUCACAGAAAACACAUCUUUUCAAAAACGCUCUCCCGAGAGGAGAUUUUUGAAACUGCCCGCUUUUUAUUUAUGUGUGGAGGGAUGAAAACAGAGGUUUUUAAAUACAAUUAUAUCAUACAUCAAAAAUGCAUCAUUAAAAUACAUCAUAACAUGACGGAUGCUCAAUAAGGGAUGUUUCGUGUCAAGGGGCGAAAACUAUUCGAAUACGCUUUUAUGUGUGGAUGCACAUUUAUUCUGAAAACAGAGAAAAAUCUCCGUUUUCAAAAAUAUCCAGAUACAUGUGGACAGGGCCUAAAUGUUUGUUAUGCUUUUAGGGUGUGGUCACUGCAAGAAUCUUGCCCCUACAUAUCAUAAGGUUGGGGAAGCAUUUCAGAAUGAGCCAAAUGUAAGUUUAAUGUAUUCCCUGGGUACAUAACCAAAAGUCAAAGGCCUGGAGAAUGUCUGAAAACAAAUAAUUAACAAUGAGGCUGAGUAUCAUCUUAAAGAGAUCAAGGAGGGUGUUAAUCGGCCUUGGCGGAGAACACCCUCCAGGAUCUCCAUCAUUCUUCAGAUAAUAAGAAAGCCAAAUUCAAUAAUAUUAUUGUUUUAUUAUCCAUUCAAAAUAAUUCCUAGCCUGAAUUUCAGACGAUUACUUUGAGUCAUUUUUACUCCCUCAGUAACGUCUGAAACGCCUGUCUGUUAAUGCUGUCCAGUGACUUCACUACUCCUUUGCUUUAAAUAUUCAUGCAAAAAGUAAAGCACGAUUUUCAACUGGCAAACAGAAAAUAUUGUCUGGAAAUGUCUACAUGAUACAGAAUUGCGUUACUGUUAUUGAUCAUAAUUCAUUUAAUCUUCAAACUGUCAACUGCAUGCAGUACUCUGAACGAAUCCGUUGUGAUUCAGUAAUCAGAGUCGAUUGCAAUCGUGCAAUGAAAUAAAUACACACACGGAACACUUCGAAAACACAACAGUUUGCUGUAAUUUGCUGAAAAAAGCUAUUUGGUCCUUAACGAAGAAGAAAGAAAACGAGAAAGAAAAGCUAACAGAGUCAUUAAACUUGACUGUGGAAAUGAAAAGAAGGUUGAAUUAUAACUUAAAUCUCAGAAAACUUCACAUAAACAAAAUCACCGCCAAAACCACAAAGCCGCUCUAAAUCAAAAACUUACUGACUCAUAGUUCAAUUUAGCCAAUCAGGAAAAAAAUGGAGAAAUAUUUUGAAUGAAUAAUUAUGAUGGAUUGUUGUAUCAAGAACCUACUGGAGAUGGACAUGUACAUUAUAAAUUCACUGGGCUUCUGCCAUAUGCCUGUCAUAAAUUUUUAUGUGCUUAUGCAGGGCUGUCACUAAGGGCCACUGAGGGGCCAUGGAUUGUCCCCUGCUACUACAAGCACGACCCCAGCUACUCUCAUUGGAAACAAAAGGAAAAUAGAACCAAUUCAAUCAGCCUUGAAUCGAAAAAAAAAAAAGCAGAGAAAUCGGAACGAAUUGAGCCAUGCUGGCCAGAAGCAGAUAGAUGAUGUUCAGCAACUGCAUUUAGUGCAACUAACUGCUACGGCAGCAAACGUUAGUUUCAAUUUUGCGAAGAAAGGAUUAUAACUCCAUUGUUAUUCAUAUCUAAUUUGAAUUUCCCACUCCGACAAUUUUGCUUAACAAAGAACUUAAUCGGUUUCUUCUGUUUGCGAUUGUAACAAAAAAAUGCAAAGGUUGCCGACAGUUUUUUUGCAUAUGUUUUUUCUUGCAAAACAAGGAGAAACUGGCGAAAAAAAUGCAGGGCAAUGUUUUCCUAAUGAAUCAGAGGCCACAUGCAAAAAUUCAGCUGAUUUAAAAGAAAAAAAAAUUACCCAAAACAUCACUGAACAUUAUUUAUUUAUUAAUUUUAUUCAAUUCCCCACUUACAAUGUACUGUUAGUAAUAUUGCAUAUAUCUAGCAACUUGAGAUCUUUUUUGUAGUGACAGCCAUGGUUUAUAUCUAGUUUGUUUAAGUUGAUGAGAGACAUCAUUGACACUACAGAAAAGAUUGGUUCUUAACAUUUUGUAGCAAUCAAGAAGUUUGAAGGAAUUUGUAAAUUCUACAGUUACACCAGUGUCAUUAUUAUGCAUUAUGGUUCCAGUCUGUUGUAUGUACUCCCUUUAUUGUAAGCUUGACUUGCCUGUGGUCAUAGAUUUUAUGUACUUGAUAAUGAUUUUACUGUUAGUAAAACUUUUUUUCCUUUCUGUUUAUUUUCAGUGUGUUGUGGCCAAAGUAGAUGCAGAUGCAGAAAAGGAAUUAGGAUCAAAGUAUUUAUCCCCAAACUACAUCACAAUAUUAAUCAGAAUCAACAACUGGCCAGAGAGCUAUUUAACGAAACACGGGCAUCAAAUAAUACCCAUCACCUUUUGCAAUUUUUCCUCUUGGUUGAGUGUCCAUAUGCUUCUCAUUCUGAUCAUAAGUCUCAACCGAAAAAUUAUUUUAAGUACAUUUUAAAUGAAGAAAUUAAAGGUUAAUUAAUAAAUUAUAAAUAAGUAAAUAUUAGCCUUAGUUCAAAAUAGUGUCUUACAAAAUUUCCAACUAUGAUAUUUUAUUAUUGUAUUUUGAUUUCUGUCUCUGCUUCACAUAAUAUGAUGAUUUGAGUUUAUUUCAUUAUCUUUGUCAGGUAUGGUAUCAGUGGUUUCCCUACUAUCAAAUUUUUUCCCAAAGAUAACAAAGAUGGAGAGGAGGUAUCAUUAAUAUUAAUUUUAUGUUAUUAUUAUUAUUAUUAUUAUUGUUAUUAUUAUUAUCAUUAUUAUUGUUGUUGUUGUAACAAAUGGAAACGUUAUUGGUAACAAAGCUAACUGUAAAAUCCUAUUUACAAUUUAUUUCACUUAAAAAACCAUUCAGUCAAAACACUAUUUACGCUUAAUUUCCAUUGAAAAAAAUUCAUUCCAUUAAAACUAUAUUAUAUAUUCAAAAAAAAAAAUUCAUUUGUUGUUGUUGUUGUUAUUAUUAUUAUAUAAUUCAAUUAUCAUGCAUAAAUCAAGAUUAUUGUUUAUAUUUCCCUUAAAUUAGAUUGAAAUAUUUUUAGACCUGCUAAACUAAGCUAAAUGAGCCAAAUUUUCAUCAAAGCCUGGAGGUGCUCAUGACAUGUCAAAGCUUGAUACCUAGACAAACAGGGUGAAAGAGGCAUAAGGAAAACAACUAGUAUUUCAUGCAAAUGUUUAUAUCUCACUUACCUUUAAAAAGGUGAUAAAAACUAACCUUAAAAAAAACUUUCAGGAGGUCACUGGGUGUGGGUCGAUCACCAAAUUGGUGACCUUCACUGCUAUUUUUUGGUCACAAAAUUUUUUAUUUUUACUCACCCUGAUGAUCAAAACAGUCACAGCUUGGAAUAUGCACACACUUUUACAAAAUUUUACCAUACACAAUUUUUCUGAUCCUAAUGUUCAUCUUUUAUUAACUGCAGUACAGUGGAGGUCGUUCGGAACAAGACUUCAUAGACUUUCUGAAUGAGAAGUGCAAGAGCAACCGAGUUUCUGGUGGGGGAGUGAGUGAUGAGGUAAGAUUAACAAUAAGUGUCCUUUUAAAUCUUUGGGUCAGUCAGCGGUCAGUGAUGAUGAUGGCUGCCUCUUUUGAAGCUGGCUAGUUUUGUGUUAUUUGUUUCCUUUUUGUGUGUUUAAAUAAUUUAGUUUCUUGUGCGUGUGUGUGUGCGUGUGUGCGUGUUUGUGUUUUAAUGAAUAACAAAGCUACAAUAGAAUAAAGCCAAUCUUGUUAAAGGGCCAUAAUUAGUUUUACUAUAAUGUGCCCUUCUCCAUUCUAAUUUUCUUUUUUUUAUUAUUAUGUACACGUAGUUUAAACAACCUUGUACUAAUUGAUAUUGUACAACUAAUGUAUUAUCUAUAGGAUGGAGUAAAAAUAAAAUACAAAUAUUAAUACAAAAUAUUUGGUGUGGGAAUAUGAAAUCAGAGUAAAAUGGUAAGAGUUUAUGUGGAAACAGCAUACCAAAUGCUUUUUGUUUUUUACUCCUUUGUCAGGCUGGCAGAAUUGAGAAAUUUGAUGGAUUUGCCAAGGAUUUCAUGGCUAAUCAGGUAAGAUUUUAAAAAAAAAAUAAUAACAUUUCUUUAAUAAUAUUAGGGAGCUUAAGCAACGAUAAUGACAAUGGUGGUGAUUAUAUUCCCUAAAAAGUGAACUUAUGCGCUUUCAAUUCAUUGCUCUUAUUCCAUGUUGUCUAAUUUAUCAAAAUGUUGGUGAAUUUUUCUGGAAUAGAAUUCUAAAGGACUGUAUGUAAGUUUAAAAAAAUAGAAAAUCAUUGGUUCACUUCCUCCAUAAAACAUGGAAUUUGGCAGUUUCACGUCCUUUUCUUGCAUUGGUGUUUGUCUGUGAGCAACGUUGUUAUUUUGCUAAUCUAAACGUAUUGGUUUUUGCCAUUCUUAUCACCAUCGACGUUAUCUCACUUAAGAUCCCUUAGCUAAAUCUCUCAACCUUAACAUCUCUAAGUGUGACACAAAAAUUUACUUUUAUCAACCGAGUUGGUAAGGUACCAUGGAUUGGCCACUGUAAGGGGAUCGAGAAGUUGACGUUUGGAUUGCAUGUCCAAUGCAGCAACGCUACAGCUUCUUUAGAAACUAACCCCCUCAUUCAUCUCAUUGUGAUUGUCUUGUGUUUGUUUGUUUGUUGUUAGGAUAAACGUGAUGCAAUCCUGGAAGAAGCCAAAUCCCUCAUUGAUGCACAAGAAAAUACAAAGUGAGUUAUUUGACAGAAAUGUAGAACCAAUACAUCUUAUCUUCAAAUGAAAGAAAUUCUUGUCUUCAUAAUAAUAGGCCAAGGCCAAACAUACACGUACCAUAAGAAAUUAUAAAUAUUCUUUAAAUUGCCUUUUUGAUAGUGCUUUAUGUAAACCUGACUUUGCGUUAUCUCUGGUUCCUAAAAUACUUUUGUAAUUGAUAAUGAGAAAUCGCAGCAGUGUAAUUAUUUUGGUCUUUGUUGUUACAAUGACACAACAGUGGAAUUCAAAGGAAGCUGGAGCUAGAGCUUGUGCUAAAACCUGUACCUUUAUCAGUUUCAUGGUUAAUAGAGGUUCUCUUGUGUUCUGAUUCAGAAUGGCAACGUACUACACUAAGGUCAUGGAGCGUGUGCAGAGUAAGGGAGAUGCUUUUGUCAUUGAUGAGAUUGAGCGCUUGAAACGUCUUAUUGGUAAGAUUUUGUUUUUACUGUGAUUGCGAUAAAAAAUUCUGUGUUCCAUGUUUAAAAAAUAGAGUGGGGAAAAACAGAAAAAAAGGCUGAUUCACGUUGGGAAAUAAAAUGAUUAAUCAUGUAAAAAGGGCUAAAAUAAUCCUUUUUUCAAAGUUAUAAAGGAGUUCUCUCAUUUCAUGGUUGAUAAUGACAAUUCAGAAAUUACUCUUCUUGUUCUUAAGGUUAAGGUGUUUAAGUUAAGGAACAUGCCGGAUAUUUUUACGCACACCUUGUUUUCAUCAAUAUAAUUUUAAAAUUUCAUACCCUUGUCAGACAUGUAAAAUUGUUUCCUGUAUGUAAGUCCACAGGGUAACCAAUGCAAAAUCUCGCACCUUCUAGCUAGUGUGGGAGCCUGCGACCAGAUACAUUGUAUUAUAUAUCCAUGUUGUGGUCAGUUGACAACUGUCAAAAUAGGGUAUCCGCUGACCAGUAUCACAUAACCAUAUUGCGGGCUCAGGAGUCAACCAUUUGAGGUGACAUGUUUUUUUUUUAGUUAUCCACGAACAAGUUACCAGUUUUUAACUGAUCGCAGGCUCAACUCCAAGUGGAUUUCUUUGCAAUGUUUACAAGUUUAUCGUUUGAAAUAAAUUAUGAAUUUAUUAACGGGAGCUUCGCUUUCAGCCUUAAGUAAAUAUAUAUAUUAAAAAUAAUUAUAUCAAUCUCGUCUCCUCAAUACAGACGGUGAUAUCAGUACUGCUAAGAAGGAUGAGUUCAGCAUGCGCCGUAACAUUUUAGAACAGUUCAAGGCUGAAGCUGCCAAAGAAGAGCUGUAAACCCAGUGGUGAUGUUUAAAACAAUUUGGUGUGUGAGAGACAUGUUUUAAAGUGUUUACAGUGGUUACUAAUCCCACACAGCCAUUUGCACUUCAUUCAAGCAAAAACAACAACAACGUCAAAACAGCAAAACAGUUAUUACCAUUUUCAUUUUACUUAAUUGCAAUUUCUUGGCAUGCAGAUCCUAGAGAAUGCUGUUUUGUGGGUGACGAUCUUGAAAGUAAACUGUUUUAUUAUUUUUGCAUUUCUGACACUAUGGUCUGUUUCUGGCUCAUUGAUUGUAAGUCCCUUACAUGAAGCUUCAAGAAUAAAGUGAGCUAAACUUCAGAAUACCCGGUCACUUUUUUGCAUAUCAUUGAAUAACAAAAGUGCCUAUUGUGUUAUACCUCGUUCUUUAAAGCAUUCCGACAAAUGUAAAUGAUGUGGCCGGGUAUUCUGAAGUUGCUCCAUAAAGUGAUGUUGUCUUGGCAUUAACUAAGGUUGUUUGGACAAGUAAGAACUUCGUCAAUUUGUUUUUUCUUAAACUGCUGAUUAUUGUUAUACUUCUGUUGCUUUGAGUCUAGGCAGGAUAAAUAUUGUAAAGCGUUAACCCUUUAAACACCAAUAUCUUUAGAGUGAUCUCCAUACAUUUCCUCAAAGAAUUAGUUAAGAGAAUGUGAUAAAAGAUCAAAGCAUUUCCCCUUUGGUAAUCAUUUUCUUAUCUCUCCUACCCUUUCCUCUUACCGAUGUAUAGAUAUUCUCAUGAGAAAUUGAUGUUGGUCUUUAAGUAAAUUAACUUCAGCUGAGUGAAAAUGAAGUGCAGUGGUUGUGUGCUAUUGGUAGCCACUGUGACCCCUCCUUGCAUUGAAUAUAAAGCGUGAAUGACUCCACUUGUGCUAGAAUAUUUUUACUUGUGUAACUGGAAACGUGUUUCAGAUUGGCUUGACUGUAUUUUUUUGUUUUGUUUUGUUUUUAUUUGUCCUUGAAUGGCAUUAUACUUUAAUAACUUACUGGGGAUUAACACUGCAUGAAAAUCAGGAAUUGAUUUACUUGAAGAAAAAGAAGAAAAUUUAAGUUUCCUCCUGUAAGUCGUGUUUUUCUAACCACUGAUUUUUUUCAGAUCAGAAAGUGGAGGUUUUUAUGCAGUGAAAUCUUUUCCACUGACAUCAUAUUUAGAUGUGUAUUUUCACAACUUUUGCCACAACUGUGUAACUUUUUAUCCUGCUGGUUAAUGCUCUUUCCUAUACAAGUCAUGUAAUAGCAAACGUUGUACACAGCACUUUGCCACUUUUAUAGAAAAUAAAUAACAAUGUGAAUUAUUUUUUUGUAUGUAUAGUCACUGCUAUCUCUGCCAGUACCUUAGACCAUGAGCGAUCAUCCUUCUUUUCUCAGAGCCACACUUGGCAAGCAUAAAGUAAGAUUAUGCAAAUUAAAAAAGGGGUGAGAUUAGGGUGGAAAGAGGAAAAAAUUUUUCCACUCAGGCUUCCACACAAAUCUGGCAAACCGGAUUUUUUUUCAGGCUCUUUUUUUGGCAACUGCAUAUUAGUUGCAUCUUAAACUGAGAUGAGCCUCUUUGCAUUUAUUUCUUCAUUCCAUG